CCAACCAUUUCCUCCUUUGUCAAUGUCCUGCACCAGCCUGAAACACCUCCACCUGGUGCGAUCAUCAUCCCCGACAUGUAUGAAACAUAUCUGAAGAAUCUACAGCCCGGUCAGGUUUCUCAGCCGUUGAUAGUUGCUAAAGAAUCUUUAGCCCUAAGGUCCAUUGUCCCCCUUGUCAAUCACCAACAGGAAGUUGAAUGUGUCAUCGACCCGGGUUCACAAGUCAUCGCCAUGUCAGAAGGCAUAUGCAACGAACUGGCACUCAUCUACGGCCCCGAAAUCGUCCUCAAUAUGCAGUUGGCAAAUGGCAAAAUCGACCGAUCUUUGGGACUCGCACACAACGUCCCAUUCCUCAUCGGCAAUAUCACCUUGUACCUCCAAGUCCACAUCAUUUGGAACCCCGCCUAUGACGUUCUCCUUGGUCGGCCCUUCAACAUCCUCACCGAAAGUAUCAUCAAGAAUUAUUCAAACGAAGACCAGACGAUCACCAUCAGUGACCCGAAUACGGGAUGA